AUGCUAGAGAUAGCCAGGGACAGACUGUUCAGUGCCGAGAACAUGUGCUUUGAUCGUGGGGGCAGGAGUGUGACUUCAUCCCAUCACUUGGCAUGCCACGCCACUGCCGGUGGCAAGUGGGUGACUGGGGACAAGAUAACUCCAUCGCCUGGGGGCAAAGUCUUAACCUGCACCUUGGAAGUUUCUGCGGUGCAGAUAAAAUCGGAGUCGGGAGAAGCCAUUCUGAGCUUCUUGGAGGGAAGGGUGACUGGUUUCACCGAAGCCAGUGCAAGCAUGUGGGAGGACGAAGCACAGACCUACAGAAAUUAUAAGGAAGGCUGGUAUGCAAAUUUGGGGCCCAUGCGUUUGAAUAAGGAGAACAGGAUUGUCCGUGAAUAUAUAAAGCAAUUGGGCUUGCAGAUGUCCGAAUUCGGUUCAAGUAACUCAAACAACUUGUAUUAUGUUAACAACAUCAGAAAGAGAGCUUCGGAAGUCAAUAAGAAACCCAGCAUUCUGGGAUAUCACCUGAAACCUGAAGAAGAAGGGAAAUCUGCCCGGCAGUUAUACAGUUUUGCCAUCAAAAAGGUUAUAGAAGAGGUACAGAGGACGAACUGUAGCUACCUGUUUCAAAAAUAUGACUCCUACUCAACCAGGCAAUACUUAAUCGAGGUAGCGAACUUGAGUCAUGGAGCUGUCCAGAUGAUUGGAGUCUUACUAAAUCACGAUAAUGGCUAUUACCAGUCCUUUGUUGAGAGCUUGAAGGGGGAAGUCUUCGCACAUUCAAAAGGUUCUGAUGAACUAGUAGGAGGCAUAGAUCUACUGCCAAGAGCCCUUUACAAAACCAUUUCAAAUCGCGUUGUCCUGAAUGCCAGAGUGGUCAGCAUAACACAAAAGAAAGGUGCUGUUACUGCAGUUUAUAAAACACCUCGCCAAUCGUCAAGUGUGACAGCCGACUAUGCCAUUCUCACCCCUACAACGAAGGCCACCCGGCGCAUCUAUUUUGAUCCGCCCCUCUCAGCUAACAAAUCCAAUGCCUUGCGAGCUGCCUACUACAGGAGUGCCACCAAAGUCUUCCUUGGUUGCUCCAAGAAGUUCUGGGAAGCUGAAGGUAUUUAUGGUGGGCAGUCCGUCACCGACCGUCCAUCCCGAUUCAUCAACUACAUGUCCCGUAAUUUCUCCAGAGGCUUUGGGGUUCUGUUGGCCUCCUACGUUACUAGCGAGGACUCCACUUUUUUCUUGUCUCUAAGCCAUGAAGAAAUUCUUAACAUCGUCUUCGAUGACCUGUCAGUCGUCCAUCAGUUGCCUAAAGAAAAGCUACGAAGGAUCUGUAACUCCUCAGUGAUUAAGCGAUGGGACCUGGACCAGUAUGCCAUGGGUGGUUAUGUUCGGUUCAUCCCCUACCAGUUUACGGAAUUUGCAAAACCUCUUCGGGAGACAGAAGGUAGACUCUAUUUUGCUGGGGAGCACACCACUGUGCUCCAUGGUUGGAUAGAUAGUGCCAUGGCAACAGGACUGAGAGCAGCAAGAGCUAUCAAUCUCUUGUGAGGGAAGCACUCCCGGAUCAAUCCAACUAAGAGAAGAAUGAUGUUUAACAACAGAACUGCAAAAUAAUAACUAUCUAUUAAGAAGUUCAACCCAGGAUAAAUCAAAAUUUCUUACAGCAUUACCAGAUAGCAAAGAAUGUGAUCCAAAGCAAACAACCUUUUGCCAAAGAGGUUGGCAACAAACCUCUUUGCAACAAAAGGAGAACUUCUGAAUAAUACAGCAAAGAUAUUCAGAACACUCCCACAUUUCUUUAACAUAGCAGCAGUGGCGGAGCUACAAGGGCCUGGGGGGUGCGCCAUGCACCGGGCGCAUGCCUGGGGCGGAAAAUCACCCCAGGCCCCGCCCC